AUGCUGAGUAUCUCCCUCCUCCCAGAGGAUGCGCUCCUGGAGAUUUUCUCUUUAGUUCCACCUCUGGACUUGAUCCAUCGCUGCCGGCCGGUCUGUAGCCAGUGGAGGGACGUCAUCGACUCUUCGACUCUGUGGAAGACGAUAUGUCAGAGAAUGGGGCUCAUCCCCCAAAACUGGAUACGCCCCCCGAGAGACUGGAAGAAGUAUUAUUAUCUGCGCAGCCGCAGAAGGAAUUUACUAAAAAACGCUUGCGCAAACGAAGAGUUGAAGUUCUGGAAGUUAGAAAGUAACGGAGGUGACCGCUGGAAGGUGGAAGAUCUGCCGGGAGAACACGGCCAGCCGUUCCCCGAUGACACCGUCACCAAGUACUUUGUGACGUCGUAUGAGAUGUGUCUGAAGUCUCAGCUGAUAGACCUCCGGAAGACGGGAUAUAAUAAGGAAUUGAUGGACCGGGACCAGCCAGAUAUCGCCGUCAGAGACUGGUUUGCAGCUAGAGCGGACUGCGGCUGUCAGUAUGAAGUGGAGGUGCAACUGCUGUCUGAAGGCAAGAGGGUUCUCCAUAAAUUCUCCCCAGAGACGGUAUUGAUACCACAGUGGAGCGACGCCAUGUGGCAGGAGAUGACUCACACGUUCAGGAACUACGGCCCGGGAGUGCGCUAUGUAUACUUCAGACACGGCGGGAAGGACACGCAGUGGUGGGCCGGCUGGUACGGGAUCCGCGUCACCAGCAGCAGUGUCACCGUAGAACCGGAAGAUCUGACUGCGCAACCGGCGGCACCCCCCUCCGUCUCACAAUGUGUAGAUAAAAAGAAAAAGAAAACCAAAAAAAAGAAAAAUUAG